UCCCCAUUGCUGAGCGUGCUCCCAUCUCCUCCUCCUCUCCUCAGGGCGAACCUGGUGGACCUGCAGAAGAAGCUGGAGGAGCUGGAGCUGGAUGAGCAGCAGAAGAAGCGCCUGGAAGCUUUCCUCACCCAGAAAGCCAAAGUGGGAGAGCUCAAGGACGAUGACUUUGAGAGGAUCUCCGAGCUGGGGGCUGGAAACGGCGGCGUGGUCACCAAAGUGCAGCACAAACCCUCAGGGCUCGUCAUGGCACGGAAGCUGAUUCACCUGGAAAUCAAACCUGCCAUCAGGAACCAGAUCAUCAGGGAGCUGCAGGUGCUGCACGAGUGUAACUCCCCCUACAUCGUGGGGUUCUACGGGGCCUUCUACAGCGACGGGGAGAUCUCCAUCUGCAUGGAGCACAUGGAUGGUGGCUCUUUGGAUCAAGUGUUGAAAGAAGCCAAAAGAAUUCCCGAGGAAAUCUUGGGCAAAGUCAGUAUAGCGGUUUUACGAGGCUUGGCGUAUCUGCGGGAGAAGCACCAGAUCAUGCACAGAGAUGUGAAGCCUUCCAACAUCCUGGUGAAUUCCCGAGGGGAGAUCAAGCUGUGUGAUUUCGGGGUCAGCGGGCAGCUCAUCGACUCCAUGGCCAACUCCUUUGUGGGAACUCGGUCCUACAUGUCUCCCGAGCGCUUGCAGGGCACUCACUACUCGGUGCAGUCGGACAUCUGGAGCAUGGGGCUGUCCCUGGUGGAGCUGUCGAUCGGAAGGUACCCAAUCCCCCCGCCAGACUCCAAGGAACUGGAAGCAAUAUUUGGCCGUCCUGUGGUGGACGGGGCGGAGGGAGAGUCCCACAGCGUCUCGCCGCGGGCCAGGCCCCCAGGACGCCCCGUCAGUGGCCACGGGAUGGACAGUCGGCCUGCCAUGGCCAUCUUUGAACUGCUGGAUUAUAUAGUUAAUGAGCCACCUCCCAAGCUGCCAAAUGGAGUUUUCACGCAAGAUUUCCAGGAGUUUGUAAAUAAAUGCUUAAUUAAGAACCCGGCGGAACGGGCAGAUCUGAAGAUGCUGAUGGUGAGUGAGGGGGGCAGAGAGAAUUUUCUUCCUGCAGGGGGGGUGGCACCAGCUCUGCCAACUGCUGCCCCUUGCCUCUGAUGAGCCUCUUGCUCCAAAGGCUGGAAACUCCCAGGGCUGAGCUUUAGGAUGAGCCAAAUGGAGGCAGGGAAGAGGGAGUGACUCACCCACCUUUGGUUCAAAGGCGCUGAUGGUAUCGGGGAACCACCCGCCUGUCCGGUGUCUGCUGAGGUGCCUGAGCCAAACCUGGCUCCUCACCCGGGCAGGUGGAUGUGAGUGAGGGCUGAAUCCGAGCUGGAAAUGGGUGCUCACAUCCCAG